AUGGCAAAUAUUGGUUCAUACUUUUCAAUAUCAGCUAUCUUCAUUUUUUCCCUGUUUACAACUUCCCCAAGCUUGUGCUUAGCGGCUAGAAAAUUCCUCAGCUCCGAAACAGAUACAAAGUUCAUCAAAACUUGGUGUGAUGCGACAACCUACCCUGACUUGUGUUUCGUCACCUUUUCUAGCUAUGCAGCUGAAAUCCAAGACAGUCCCAAAACAAUAACCACCAAGUCCCUCUUCGUCGCGCUUAACUCAACACGUUCGGCUUCCAAGAACCUUACCGACAUCUCCAAAACACAGGGUUUAAAGCCUAGAGAGACUGAGGCUCUCCAGGAUUGUGUGGAAGAAAUAGGUGAUUCGAUUGAUGAACUCAAAAGGUCUAUCGUUGAAAUGGAUGAGACUGCAGGCAAAAGCUUUGCUUUCCGCAUGAGUGAUAUUCAAACAUGGGUGAGUGCAGCUUUGACAGAUGAAGAUACCUGCAUGGAUGGCUUCUCAGAGACCGCCAUUGAUGGAGAUGUCAAAGCUAAUAUGAGGACUUUAAUUGAGAAAGUUGCACACUUGACAAGCAUUUCCUUGGCCUUUGUCAACCACUAUGCUGGUGCCAAUAAAUAA